CACAUUCACUCUCAUUCUCUCUCUCAUUCUCACUCCAAUUAUUUAGCAACUGCUCUCUAAACACAUCUAGAAACAAGCAGGAGUAAAAGAUCUGUCCAUUUCACAGAGAAACAUUUGCUUUGAUUGGCACAGAAUCUGUGUCUGAUCUAUUCUUAGUGUGUAGCUGUGUGGAAGAGUGUCAUUCCCAGAGGUUGGAGGUCAUUAACAGAGAGCAAGGAUGGGCUGCCACUCAAUAUGGACCAUUCUUCUAUUUCUGUUGGGUUCUACAAGCACCGUUGCACAAGGGAUACAAAAAAGCAUCAGUGGAAGAUCAGGGAGACCUAACACAGCAGUAGGCCUAUACGAUAAUGACGAUGAUUAUGAGUGGACCACAUGGUUCAAUGUAGAUCACCCUGGAGGGAAAGGAGACUAUGAGAAGCUGAAUGUCAUUCAUUUCUAUUAUCGAGCCCGUGUGUGUGAUGUUCCUCGAGCUCUAGAAGCACGCACUACAGAGUGGAUCCCAGCUCGCAGCACUGGGGAAAGAGUACAUGCUGACCCAGCUUUGGGAUUCUGGUGUAUCAAUGCUGAACAGGCUGAAGGAAAGAACUGCUCAAACUAUGCAGUACGCUUCCUGUGUGCAAGAGACAAUCCAUCAGAAGUUGAAGUGAUAUGGGGUCCAUGGUCAGAUUGGAGUCUGUGUCCAGCUCAAUGUGAUCAGGUGGCAACACAGCAUCGCUCUAGAACUUGCCAAUCCAAUUCCAAGCAAUGCAAUGGCCAAGCUGUAGAAGCCAGGUAUUGCCAAGGACCCCCUUGCCCAGGCUGUAAUCUGCAGUGUGUGAUGGGCAGGGUAAAUGCUGAGUGUGAUGGCUGUAUGUGUCAGGAUCAUACAGUGCUAGGAUCAGUCCGUAGUGCAGGGGGCCUGCCUGCACCUGGAGUUGCCGUCCUCCGCGCUGGUCCAAGCCCUAAACUCUACACCAUUACUGAUCAUAAUGGGCAUUUCCAAAUCCCCGGAAUCUGCCCCGAUGGCAACACUACUUUGAUGAUCAAGCUACAUAAUCACACUCCAUACAAAGUCAUUGUGCCUCAAAGCACCGACCGUACCUCCGUCCUCAUUCUGAAGCUUGAGCGAGCAAAAAAACUGUAUGUUCUGAAAAAUCCUGAGAAUAAGGCCAGAAGGGAAGGUCAAACAGCUGCCUUCUGUUGCAAGGUUAAUGGCUCACCUGAACCAGACCAGUAUGAAUGGUUCCACAAUGGUACUCUGCUGGACAGAAGACGAUAUCAUUUUGACGAGACAUUGGUUUUGAAGAAUCUCAGUUUGGACCAGAUGGGAGAAUACUAUUGCAGAGCCAGUAAUGACAAUGGAGCCAUCAAAUCCAAACCAGCCAUGUUAACAGUUAUUGGUAAAAAUGAGCCAUCAUGCAAUGCUAAGCCUGAUUCACACCUGAUGCGCCUACCACAUGACUGUUUUCAAAAAGAGACAAACUCUUUCUACUAUGACGUGGGGAGAUGUCCUAUAUCCACAUGUACUGGGAAGCUCGAUAAUGGCAUCAGAUGCAAAGACUCCGUGUCAUACUGCUGUGGAAUUUCAAACAUGGAGGAAAAAGAGAUUAAAUGUCAGGGAUAUCUGUUACCCAUGAUGAUAGUGACUCAGUGUGGCUGCAAAACAUGUGUGGAAACCAAAGCUAUUGUUCGCGGACGUGCUAUUGCAGCAGACACUGGUGAGCCCAUGAGGUUUGGACACAUCUACAUGGAUGGCACAAGAGUAAGCCGAACAGGAUACAAAGGCACCUUUUCAAUCCAGGUACCAAAAGACACACAGCGUCUGGUCCUCACAUUUGUGGACAACAUGCAGAAGUUUGUGAACACCACCAAAGUACUGCCAUUCAACACUAAAGGUGGAGCUGUGUUUCAUGAGAUCAAGCUAUUGAGGAAAAAACCAGCUGUGACCAUUAGCUCAAGAGAGACUAAUAAGCUAAACCUUGGUGAGGUAGAGGGACAAGACCCCAUUGCUGAGAUUGAGAUCCCACCCAACACAUUCUAUAAAGAAAAUGGAGAGGUAUUUAUGGGAAAUGUCAAGGCCAGUGUAACUUUCCUUGACCCCAGGGAUGUAUCAACAGCAGCAGCUGCCCAGAGUGACCUCAACUUCAUUGGUGAUGAAGGUGAUACUCUGCCGUUGAGGACCUACGGAAUGUUCUCUGUGGACUUCAGGGAUGAGGAAGGAGGGGAGCCACUCAAUGCUGGGGAGGUGAAAGUGCGUCUUGAUGCAGCACAAGUAAAGAUGCCUGAGCACUUAAAGACCAUGAAGUUGUGGUCCCUUAAUCCAGAUACUGGCUUGUGGGAGGAGGAGGGGCAGUUCCAUGCUGAGAAAAAGCAACGAGGGAAAAGAGAGGAGAGGACCUUCCUAAUAGGUAAUAUGGAAAUCCGUGAGAGGCGGCUGUUUAACUUAGAUGUACCAGAGAACAGGAGAUGUUAUGUGAAAGUGAGAGCUUUCCGCAGUGAACGAUUUAUGCAAAGUGAGCAAACUGAAGGAGUUGUGGUUACUUUAAUUAAUAUGGAGCCCACACCAGGGUUUUCAACCAAUCCUCGGGCUUGGGGUAGAUUUGACAGUGUCAUCACUGGCCCAAAUGGUGCAUGUCUUCCAGCCUUCUGUGAUGAACAAAAAGCAGAUGCAUACUCUGCUUAUGUUAUGGCCAACCUUGGGGGAGAAGAGCUUGAGGCAGUGGCAUCAUCUCCAAAGCUGAAUUCGAACAGCAUUGGUGUCCCGCAACCGUAUUUGAAUAAACUUAACUACAGACGCACGGACCAUGAUGAUCCCAGAAUAAAAAAGACUGCAUUCAGCAUGAAUGUGGUCAAACCCAUAUCGAACACAGCGGAGGCCAACGGUCCAGUUUACUCAUUUGACAAACUUAAAGAGUGUGAGGAAGCUCCAUUCAGCGCAGCUCACUUCCGUUUCUCAAGAGUUGAGGGAGAUCGCUAUGAUUACAACACAGUGCCUUUUAAUGAGGAUGAUCCCAUGAGCUGGACCGAAGACUACUUGAGUUGGUGGCCAAAGCCCAUGGAAUACAGGGCUUGCUAUAUUAAAGUCAAACUCAACAGUGCCCACGAGCUCAAUGUUCGCUCUCGUAAUAUGGGAGGUACCCACCCAAAAACUGUUGGCCAGCUCUAUGGUAUCCGUGACACCCGAAGCAUCCGAGACAUGGACCAAUCAAGCAUUUCUGCUGUGUGUCUGGAAUUUAAAUGCAGCGGGAUGCUCUAUGACCAGGACCGAGUGGAUCGCACUCUUGUUAAGGUAAUUCCACAGGGCAACUGCAAGAGAGACAGUGUAAACAGCAUGCUACAGGAAUAUUUGGUAAAUCAUCUCCCACUGGCUGUCAACAAUGACACAAAUGAGUUUACUAUGCUUGCACCCCUGGACCCACUGGGCCACAACUAUGGUAUAUAUACAGUGACAGACCAAGACCCCCGCACAGCCAAAGAAAUUGCUCUUGGCCGUUGCUUUGAUGGUACAUCAGAUGGUACCUCCCGAGUCAUGAAGAGCAAUGAUGGUGUGGCACUGACAUUCACCUGUGGUGAUAAAGAAGUCACUAGGCAGAAUGUGUUCCAGCAGAUGCAGAACUCAUUGGGUCAGGCCACAGCUGGAAGUGCACGGCAGGGACGAGGAAACAGAAAACAGAGAGGAGGCUCAACAGCACCUAGCAGUAGGAAGAGGAGUACUCGUAAUCCCUACCAACGUGCCCAGACUGUUGGCUGA